AUGCUUUCAACAAUAACGUCACUUAAUCCUUAUAUUUAUUUACUUUUAAUAUGGAUUUUUAUUCAAUAUCAAUUAGCAAUUUUUCUUGUUACAGCUAUUCUACCAACUACAUUAAUAACAAAGAAUAAUAAUAAAUGUCCUAUAUGUUUAUUACAUUUUUCUGAUCGAUUUCAUCAUUGUUUUUUUGUUAAUCGUUGUAUUGCUAUAUGCAAUGUACAUUGUUUUCUUUCGUUUACAUUCUAUGCUACAAUUUCAACUUUUAUAUGUUUUUUUACAUUUCUUAAUGAAUUUUUUUAUGUAACACCUCCUAUUAGUUAUUAUUGUCUUUUACCAUUUGGAGAAUUUUUAUGUAAAACUUUAACAUGGAACCAAAGUGGCUUGGUUAUGCUUACUCGAUCAACAAUAAUGGCAGCUGGAAGUGCUGGAGUUAUGGGUUGUCAUAUAGCGAAAGAAUUUUAUUAUGAUAAAACAGAUAAAACACGAUCGAUAUGGUGUGAAAUUUUCAAGAUUUUAUUUCCAGCUUUGAGUAUUAUUCGACGUGUUUAA